AGACAAUCUCACUAAUCUACGACACCGUCAUCACGAUAACAUACUGUCACCCUCGAUAAAACAUUGUCACCUUAUGAUAAAGUUGUCAAAGGGAAAGGCAACCACCUACGGCCGUCAUUGAUUUUAUGUUCGUAUAUUUUCUACCUGUACACAUUUGUCAUACCUCACUUGUUGAUGAACAUUCGAAAAAAAAGAUGGAGGAGCUUUGAAAAGUGUAAAACUUUAGAAAAGAAAGUUUAAUUCAUUAAAAAAGGAUAAAAAAGUGAAGAAGAAAAGUCGAUAGCCAUGGGAGAGAUAGAAAACUUCAAGAAACAGGGGACCAGGAUAUUUAAAGUUGGUAUCACAGAUGACUCCAGUAUACAUUUAUUGAAUAGGUUAUACUGUGUAGUAUUCCUCAUCAUUCUAGCCAUGCUGGUCAGUAGUAAACAAUACGUCGGAAAUCCUAUACAAUGUUGGUGUCCAGCCAUGUUUACGGGUGCGCAUGUCAAAUACACCAAUAACUAUUGCUGGGUGUCAAACACGUAUUACGUAGACUUUGAGAGUAGUCUUCCGCUUGAAAAAGAAAUCCGAGUUAAUAAAGAGAUUGAGUACUAUCAGUGGGUACCCUUAAUCCUAGUCUUCCAAGCGCUUUUAUUCUAUCUGCCAAGAAUGUUUUGGAAGAGAUUUGGAGGUUAUACGUUAUUGAAUAUUAAGAAGAUGUUAAAUAUGGCCGCCAGUGCUGGAUAUCUGACAGGAGAAGAAAGAGACAAAGCAUUGGACGACAUUGUGGCCUAUCUUCACAAGUAUAUAAAGAUCAGAAAUACCAUUUCAUCGCCACAUCAUAAAAUGGAAAUUGCAAAAGAAAAAAUGUCGCGACUUGGACUUCACUAUGGUAACUACCUGGUAUUUUUGUUUAUGGUGACGUCAUUCUUAUACAUAAUGACGGCCGCAGUCCAGAUUAUAGUGGUGGAUAUAUUUCUUGGAAACGAUUUUAAAAAUCUUGGAUUUGAAUUUUUAUCGAUGAUUUUCAAGGGACAGAAAUUUGAAGACUACGGCCGUUUUCCACGUGUUACUUUCUGUGAUUUAGAUGUUCGACAGAUGACCAAUGUCCAGACGUGGACAGUACAAUGCUCCCUACCAAUCAAUCUCUUUAACGAGAAACUUUUCUUUUGUAACUGGUUGAUGUUAGUCUCCAUGGUCAUUAUAAAUUCAGUAAAUUUUUUGUACAAUCUAAUUUCCAUAUUUUUACCUUACCGGACUGAUAAUUACGUCACUAAGUUCAUGGAAAUGGAAGGCGUCCGCGCUGGUCGAAUUAAUGAGAAACAAUCACCACGCUAUGGAGAAGUUAAGAAAGAGUUUGUGCGGGAAUAUCUUCGCCAUGAUGGUGUGUUUCUUAUUUGGUUUCUUAGCAACAAGACAAAUCAAGUUAUAGCAUCAGAAAUUGUCAGCAAACUUUGGCAGCGUUAUACAAAGGAAGGACUUGUUGAGGCCAAGCUUCACGCCGAUGAUGACGAAUAUCUGAGUCCUACUGCUGCUUCAAAUGCAUGAAAUCCAUAGAACUAUUGUAGAGGGUGCUGCUUCCAAUCCAUAGACACCAACCAUUCAACUUUUGUAGGGGGCGCUACUUCCAUAGCCUCAAAUCCAUAGACACCGACCAUUUAACUUUUGUAGGGGGCACUGUUUCCAAAGCUUCAAAUCCAUAGACAACAACCAUUUAACUUUUGUAGGGGGCACUGUCUCCAAAGCCUCAAAUCCAUAGCACCCACCCUUUUACUUUUGUAAGGGGUUGGUGUUGUUCAACGAGUUUAAUGACUUUAAAUUUCCUUUUUUGAAAAUGUUUAAAAGUUAGAAUUAUACAAAAAUAGUUAGUAUCCUUUGAUAAUUUGGUAAAACAAAAUUUACCGACAUUGAGUUGAACAAAACCAGCAGAAUUUGUUCCUGUGUGUUUAUUAAAUAAUUUAACCUUGGGUUUAACACGUCAUCAUCAACGUUUUUUUUCAGGAUUUACUUUAAAAAAAAAAUGGAAUUUAGAAUUAAAUUGUAGUAUUUUAGAAUAGAAUUUAGCUGGCGUUAUCUAGGUUUUGAAUAAAUUCGAGAAAACAAAUUUUGCCUCGAGAAAAACCUAUGCCACCUACACAAGAUAAAUGGUUGGUAUCUUUGUAAGGUAGUCUUGGUGAUAUGUAGGAGUGUCAAUACUUGUAUCAAGUUAAGUUUUAUUUAAACUUUUAUGCAUUGCACAUUGUUUGUGCAGUAUUAUUUCAUAUGCUUUGUAGUUAAGUUCUAUGCAUAUACCAUGUCAACGUAUUUUGUAUAUAUAGAUACUAGUAGUUAGAACAUGUGUAAUUUAAUUAAAUAUUUUAUUAAGAAAAAGAAGAAGACGGCAGGUCGUCAAUGAACGAUAGAUUUAUUUUACGAAACUCUUUUAUUUUUAUUAGCUAAACCACUACAGAUAUAAAAUGUGGAGGUGUUUGAAUUUAAGUUCUGUACAGCUUCAUUCUUACUGUGUAUUAGAUCUAAAGAUAUUUGUGGGUUCUACUUGAUCACUUAGUUCUGUAUAGAGCUUGUUAUAAUUGUUUGGUUUUGACGAAAAAAAGGCGGAAUAUUUUUUUUUUAGGCAUUUUGUUUUUAUGAAAUUUCAGAUGGUUUAUGGAUAAGUUGUUAUUUCUUUUAACAUAGUCUAUUUUCAAAUUCAAAUAUUUUCAUUUCAUCAGGAUCGAGAAACCAUGUUUUCUGUGUUCGCUCUUUAGACCAAAUAAAUUCAUAGCACACCAAACUUAUUUUUUUUUAACUUAAUUUUACGAUCGUCGUGAGGUUCUGAGGUGGAUUAAGGGGAAAGGUGGCAUGAAUUACCCCUUAUUAGGGAGCUACAUAUUUACCUUUUCUUCUCCUAACGUGGUCUAGUUUGGGGGCCCCUGGUUUCGAAAUCCCGUAUAUGCUUCUGAUGCUGUUUUGCUUUUACUGCAUAUUUAACAUGUAUCAAGUAUUGUUUUAUUGCUUUAAUUUAUAUCAUUUUCACAAGUGAUCAUUUUAUUAUUGUUUUAAAACAUUCCCGUAACUAUAAUGUAUAAAAAACAUUUAUUUACUCGGCAUCAAUUGUGAAUUGAUGCCAUGAGAAUUAUAGUGACGUUGUCCAAUUAAAAUGAACGUUAUAAACAAUGUUGCAUUAUAAUGUAUACUAAGUAGACAUUUUACUUAUUGUGUCUAUGGUGCUUUUAAAAGACACAGUUGCUUACCAGUAUAUAUUGUUAGAAGGUUUUUUUAUUGGUUGACACACACUUAUAUAGGUCAAGAGGCAGAUUUAGGGGGUGACAGGGGACUCACUCGGGCUACUCUUUUGAGGGAAAAAUAGGGAAUCACUGAAUCAUGACUGGAGCCCCUCUUUUAACAUUUUUUGGAUCCGCCACUGAGGUCGGGAAAGAUCCAUAUAGAUUUUGGUUGCCUUGUUAUGGGAAUACAGACAUUUUGGAAAUUAUAAGGCUAAAACUUUCAUUGGCAUUUUAUAUUUGAUCUGGUCUAAUUAUUUUUUUACACCGUCCAAAUCAUCCCGUGCAGAUAAUUGCUUUACCGAAAGGUCUAAAUGAACAUUUUUUUACUGUUUGUAUGUACAUGUAUUGUUAUACAUCAAAAUAUAUCUUAUAAUUGUUAGUUAGCAAAUUGUUUUAUAUAGAUUGGCCUUGAUGACAUAUUUUUCUUUAAAAAAAUUAAAAGGUGCUAAUAAUAUUUUGCUUUGUUUUUUAAGACCAGCCUCAUUUUGUUUUCACUUUUUUGAAAGAGAAAGUCAUGUUAUGCAUUGUCAUUUGAAUAACAAUUGAAAUCCUUUAUUUCGUGUGAUCAUAUUUUCGACAAAGGGGGGUCCAUUUUCAUAUCUGUCAUUUUUCCCUUUUAAAAAAUUCUCUAUCUUUUAUAGUUUUUUGUCAGCACCCUGUUAUUUUCUAUUCUUUUUAUUUUAGCACCCCAUUGUUCUAUUUCAUUUUUUAGCACCACAUUUUUCUUUCUUCCUUUUUUUGGUCUGUUUUUCUUUAUAGUUUAAUUUUUGAAAUAUUUGUCUCCAUUAUUUAUCUGUUUGGUCUAUUUUUUUGUAAUACUUAGUCCAUUAUUGUCUACCAAGAUCAUUAUAACAUAAAAUGUUAUCUUUCACCAGUAGGAUUUGUGAGACGCUAAUGUAACUAAAGUAUUCAAUCUACAUAUAAAAAAAGAAGAUGUGGUACGAUUGCCCAUGAGAUAACUGUCCACAAGAGACCAACAUGACACAGACAUUAACAACUAUAGGUUACCGUACGGCUUUAACAAUGAGCAAAGUCUAUACCGUAAAUAUAUAUAGUACCGCAUAGUCAGCUAUAAAAAGGCCGCGAUAUGACAAUGUUAAACAAUUCAAACGAGAAAACUAACGGCCUUAUUUAUAUAUAAAAAAAAAAUGAACGAAAACCAAAUAUUUACAUGUCUAUUUGUUAGUCCUUCUCUAUACAUUUUUGUGGUCAGUAUAUAUACAGCCAAUCACUUAGGAAAUAACAACAUACACUUUGGUUAAUUUCACCAACCAUUAUUAAAGGUAAUCCUAAAGCAAAAACAAAAACAUAUUCCGGAUAUUUCACUAGUGCAGUUCUCAAUGUUAGCGCUCACGCUGUUCAGUUUUACAAUAAAAGGAGAUUUUGUAUGAUUGCAUAAAUAUUGUUUAAGACAAUAAUAUAAGAGUCCAAAUGACCAAAAUGACAUGGCUUUGAGUUACUAUAGAUCACAGUACUUCCUUCAUUAAUUAGCAAAAUCCCGAUGAUUCUGCCUUUUACAGUCAUAAAAGGACCCAAAAGCUACAUUUUUUGGUAUUUUGGUUAUAACAUGACAUGCUGAAUUUUUCUAUUUUUUCUGAGAAGACUGUAGUGUUUUUAAACUAUAUGCAACAGACCUGUUUCGUCUGUUCAUUUUUUGUAGUGCAAAGCGCUUCAAACAUGUCAUCAUUUUGUUUAGUGCGAGAAUUCCGUAACUUAUUUAAUCCUAGUGUUUAGUCAGCAGGGCAUUCAUUACGUAUAUAUAUAUUAUACUUAUUAUUGAAUAUAAUUUUAAUGCAGGGCAUUCAUAUAUUUAGAUUUCUACCAGUAACUGAUGAAUAGAAUGUUACAUAGUGAAUCUAAAAACCUUUGGAGAAAUAAAUAUUUUUACUGUU